CUCGUUCGGCACAGAAUGUUUUGGAAGUCAGAGCGAGGAGGACACUCAGAGUGAGGUGUUGCCCUCAUUGAGGAUUUGGAAUCCCCUGGGCUUAACAGGGAGUGGGGAGGCACUCCCAGAAGCAUCAGCUCCUGGGCAUCUCCAGAACCCUGGCUUGGACCCUGACCAAAGGAUGCCCCCAACUGCUGAAUAGGCCAGAGGCCCCCUUUCUCUAAAGCCUGCAUCCAUCCCUCUGGGGUGCGCCCUGCCCCUCCCUGAGUCACCCCAGGGAGAGAGAGGGGGAAAAAAGGGAAGAGAAGAGAGGCAUUUACUACAGAGGAAGGAAAAGGAAGCAGAGCAGAGGAGGGAGGAGAGAGGCCACACAGGAGGAGACAGAGGAGAGUGGAGAGGGCAGGUCUAGGGCAGGCCCAGGGCAGGAGAAGAUCUAGAGAGGGCAGGCCGAGGGCAGGCUGAGCACCCCAAGGGGCGCCCCGAGAGCAGGCGGGGCAGGGAGCCGAGGGGGCGGGCCGGCCAUGUCCCACGGGACCUACUAUGAGUGUGAGUCUCGGGGCGGCCAGCAGCCACUGGAGUUCUCAGGGGGCCAGGCCGGGCCCGGGGAGCUGGGGGACAUGUGCGAGCACGAGGCCUCCAUCGACCUCUCUGCCUACAUCGAGUCUGGCGAGGAGCAGCUCCUCUCCGACCUCUUUGCCAUGAAGCCUGCUUCCGAGGCCAGAGGCCUGAAGGGCCCUGGAACCCCUGCCUUCCCCCACUACCUGCCUCCUGAUCCACGGCCCUUCGCCUACCCCCCACAUACCUUCGGCCCAGACAGGAAGGCGCUGGGGCCUGGCAUCUACAGCAGCCCGGGGAGCUACGACCCCAGGGCUGUGGCGGUGAAAGAGGAGCCUCGGGGGCCCGAGGGCAGCCGAAGUGCCAGCCGAGGCAGCUACAAUCCCCUGCAGUACCAGGUGGCACACUGUGGGCAGACAGCCAUGCACCUGCCCCCGGCCCUGGCAGCACCUGGCCAGCCUCUGCGCGUGCUCAAGGCCCCUUUGGCCACUGCCACAGCCCCCUGCAGUCCCCUCCUCAAGGCGCCCUCCCCAGCUGGCCCCUUGCACAAGGGCAAGAAGGCAGUGAACAAAGACAGCCUGGAGUACCGGCUGCGGCGGGAGCGCAACAACAUCGCAGUGCGCAAGAGCCGCGACAAGGCCAAGAGGCGCAUUCUGGAGACGCAGCAGAAGGUGCUGGAGUACAUGGCAGAGAACGAGCGCCUCCGCAGCCGCGUGGAGCAGCUCACCCAGGAGCUAGACACCCUCCGCAACCUCUUCCGCCAGAUCCCCGAGGCAGCCAACCUCAUCAAGGGCGUUGGGGGCUGCAGCUGAGCCUGGCUGGCGGACUGUGGGCACCAGGACCCCUGGCCUGGCAUGACCCUCGGGCCCCCCACCCUGCGGGGGCCCUAGAACCCUUCGCAGGCUGAGCCUGAGACAUAGACCAUGGACGAAUGGCGGGGGGUGGCAAGGGAGGGCAGGACCCAGCAUAAUGAUUCUGUGGCUGAAUAAAAUUGCACUGUGACU